UAUCAAAUCGCAAAAAGAAAAUACAGCUAAUGUCAAAAAUGAUGGAAAACAAGAUCAGAAUUGUGCCAAAGAAACAGAGGCCAUAUUUGACAAGAUGCUGCAAGGGAAGAUUGAUAAUCUUCCUCAUCUUCCAAGAUCAGUUGUCAGAAUAUUUAUCAGCUCAACAUUUUCAGACAUGAGGGCAGAGAGGAACAUCUUGUCCCAUGAGGUUUUUCCAAAGCUAAAACAGCUAUGUUUGUCCAAGGACCUAGAUUUUCAGGUGGUGGAUAUGAGGUGGGGUGUUACAGAAGAUUCCCAGAAUGACCACAGUGUGGAGAAAAUCUGUCUUCAAGAAGUAGAGAACUGUCAGAAGUUGUCACUAGGACCCAACUUUGUGGCCAUCAUGGGUGACAGAUAUGGCUUCCGCCCAAUUCCCACGGAAAUCAGUGAGGAGAUUUUUCAGACUCUGAGAGAAUCGGCUGAGAGGAUUGCUAAAAAACCCCAUGCUGUCAAACUUCUUGAGACAUGGUACAAACUAGAUGAGAAUUGCUUGCCUCCAAUGUAUAUACUUCAGCCAAUCAGAUCUCAGUUUUCAUUCUUUGGGGACUACUCACCAGGAUGUGAUGAACCUCGAGCUAAACAUACUCAGGAGUGGGAGAAAACAUUUGCAGAUUUGAGGGACAUUCUGAAAGUUGCUGCUUUGUUUUCACAUCAAGCAAAAAAACUAACAGAUAAUCAACUGCAUGAAUUCUACAUGUCAGUGACAGAGAUAGAGAUUGAAAAGGGAAUUUUAGAGGCAAAAUCUCCAGGCCAGAGUGCUGUUGUAUUCCAUCGAGAAAUCCAAGGUUUUACAAACUAUGAAGACAGAAUGACAAAACGACACAUUGACACCACUGUUGAGAAUGAAAAGGCUGUUCCUGAUAAAGAAGUCAAGUAUCUUCAAGGAAAAUUGGAGGAAAAAGUGAGGCAAAAAAUUGAGCCAAAUUAUUUCCAUGAAUACACUGUAAAGUGGUUGCCAAAUGGCAUUGACCCCAAAGCAUCGGAAGACCACAAAAAAUACCUUGACAAUUUCUGUGAGGACUUCUACAAUGAUUUAAAAAGCCAGAUAGAAGCUGCUGAUGAUGAGCGAGAUUCUCGGGCAAAAGUUUUUCAUAAAAUUGGCUAUUACAGUGAUUACAACGAGGUACUCCAUCACUUGCAUUUCUGUGACAUGAAAUGCCAGACAUUCUGUGGACAGGAGAACAUUAUGGACAGGGUUAAAAAGUACAUUUUGGAUGGUACAGUGAGAAAGCCUUUUGUCAUCUAUGCUCCCUCUGGAAAUGGAAAGACAUCUGUAAUGGCUAUGAUCAUGCAGAGCCUGCCUGAGUGGUUCAAGAAUAAACCACACAUUAGAAUUAUCCGCUUCUUGGGCACUUCUGCUCUGACUCUGAAUAUUUAUGAUGUGCUGUUUAGUGUGUGUGGACAACUUGCUGAUGUUGCACAGCAGAUCAUGGAACCUGUAGGAUACAAAAGUAUGAAGAAUAUCCAAGAAUACAUGCCCAGGUUUUGGCGAAGGAUAGGAAAUUCUGUAAAGAAGCCAAUUGUUAUUCUUUUGGAUUCUCUUGAUCAGCUUUCGCCUACACACCAUGCUUAUGAACUACAAUGGUUGCCAACUACACUGCCACAGAAUAUCAAACUUGUGGUGUCCACCCUUCCCAAGGAACAUGGGAUACUUGAUAACUUGAGAGCUUUGCUACCAGAUGAGAAAUGUUAUGUGGAAAUUCCCAAGCUUCCCCGAGAAACUGGUGUUGCAAUUAUAAACAAAUUUCUGUCAAAGCACAAGAAAAAAAUAACAGAGAGACAAGAAAAGGUUUUGAUAAACAGCUUUUCAAAAUGUCCUGGACCUUUGUUCCUUAAACUCAUUCUAGAUGAGGCACUGAAAUGGAGAUCUUAUACUCUGCCUCAUUUGGUAGAACUAGAGCAGACAGUUCAAGGAGCCAUUAAUAAACUCUUUGACAAUCUUGAGAUUAAAUUUGGCAAGAUCAUUACCAGUCAUGCGCUAGGUUACAUCACCAUAGCAAGAGACGGUAUCUCUGAAAAUGAGCUGGAGGAUGUUUUGUCAUGUGAUGAUGAAGCUUUAGAUGAUGUUUAUCGUUACCACAACCCACCAGUAGAGGGCAUUGUUAGAAUACCGCCUGUUCUGGCUGCUAGGAUAAGAUAUGACAUAAAGGACUACAUUGUGGAGAGAAUGUCUUCUGACAAGUAUACCAUGAACUGGUACCACAGGCAAUUUAUUGAAACAGCUAAAAGCAGGUAUGCUACAGGAUCACUUGGGGAAAAGCUGCAUCGGAAUUUGGUAGAGAUUUUUAUGUAUGAAGAUGGAGUAAAAAGGGACAUAACUCUUUCAAGAAGAAAACUGACAGUCACAAAUGCAGACAGACAGAUUACCCCACAACCAGUUACCUGUAAAAACAAACGAAUGUUGCGAUGCCUUCCUUACCACAUUAUCCAUGCUGGAAAGGCUCUGCCUGAACAAUUAGCAAAAGAAAAUUGUUUUUGUAAUUUCAAAUUCCUUGGUAGUAAAUUAUCUGCUGGCAGUGUGGAAACAAUCGUGGAUGAGUUGUAUGAAUACCUGGAAAACCAAGAAGAUGAAGAAAUCAAGAAACUCAGAAAUUUUUUGUCCUUGACCAAGGCUGACUUAUCAAAGCCCAGCAGACUUGCAGCCAAUUUGCUGUCCUACAUUAAUGCUGAUGUAGAUGAGCCCUAUCUUAAGAAGUUAAAAGAACAAGCAACCAGUUACUUAGAAAAUCUUGACAGCCCUGGACUGAUACCAGUUUAUCCUGGACUGGCACCUAGGAAAGAUCUCUCUUCAUCUCUUAUUCAUUCUUACAAUGGAAUAGCUGAAAUAAUAAGCCACAGUGGAGAUUCCGUUUUAGUCAAGACUUACAGGAAAGGAAAUGAAGAGGAACAAGAUUUUCCACAUGAAAUGUUCCACAUUGGCACCCAAGACCUCCAGCAAGUAAAUAUUCCAGACAUCAAACAGACAAAGCAUUAUCCAAUCCUAGACAAAGCAGGGGAAAAUGUCAUCUAUACCUCAGAUGAUUCCAUCACUCUGUUUCACCUUGUUAGUGGGAACCGUGUCACCAAACUCUUCAGAGAUAUUACUGAUGAUCCAUCUAAAAACCAAAUGGUUUCCAAGGUGAUGAGCACAGACACUCGUCAUGUAGCUAUUUUGUUAGAUGACGGAGACGUUUUAUUACUGGACAGUGACAGUCUGAUGCAGGUUGAUAGGUGGACUCUAAAAGAUGAAGUGGAGGAUGUUAUGGGAAUUCUGUGUACAAAAAGUGACAAUCUACAGCUGCUAGUGGCUGUUAAUUCAGAGUCUGCUGGUUCCAAAAAAAGUGAGCUCCAGCUGUACAAACCUGGAGAAAAUGAACCAAAACAUUAUCUUUUUAAUUAUCCAUUGUGUAAUGGUCUUCUAGGGUUGUCAUACAAGGAGUCUUACUUUACUGCUGUUGCAAAAGAUGGAAUCUCAUCAAAAAUUUUGACUGUUGACAUAAACCAGGCAGAAGAAAUGGCUCCAAUUGCUAUUGAAGAUUGCAUAGAAAAGAUAGCAUUUUCAAAAUCUAAAGCAUUUGCCUGUGUCUUGAACAGCACAGGUAAAGUGACUGCCCUGGAUUUACAGAAGAGUGAGGUCUUAUUCCACAUGGUGACUGACAAACCAGUCACAUACUUCGGAAUUAGAGGCACAUACUCCAUUGUGCUUCUUGGUGAUAAUGAAGGACAUGUUACACUAUACAGUUCCAAAACAGGAAUCAGCUAUGGUAGUUUUCAAGCAUAUGGAGGGGCUGUGGAGAAAAUGUAUGUUUUGGAUGAUUACUUAGUUACUCAAGGUCAAAAUGAGAUGAAGGUAUGGUCUUUGACUGAACUGCUGGAGGACCUCAGAGAGUCAUUGAAGAAAAAUAUGGGAUUACAAUUUAAAGGGCUUUUGGCUCUGAAAACUGUGUGCAGUUUUGAUAUGCAUCCAAAUGGAAUGGAGUUUGUGACAGCCUCAAAAGAUCAAAUGCUAAGGGUUUGGUUAUUGAAUGGGGCAAAAUUUAUGAAGGAGUUUGACAUUGGUAUGGAAGCUCAAAAGGUAGUCAUCUGUGCAGAUGAUAAAUGUUGUCUUCUGGACAACAAAGGGGAACUGAGAAUUAUUAGUUUGAACACAACCUGUGAUGUAGCUAUAGAUUUGCCUAGUCAUGUGAUUGAUUUUGUUGUUGGAAAAGAUGGAGUUACUGUUUAUACAAUUGGACUAAAGCAAAAAGUCUUGAUGAUCACUGUAUUGGACUUGAAACAAGGAACAACCAAAAAAUCUUUUCCUCUUAAGGGUUCUCUGAAAUUUGAGACUCUUUCCUUGUGUCUGAGUGCCAGUGAAAGAUAUUUAUGUAUAUGCUGCAAGAUUCUACCAGCAGAGUACAAAGAAAUUGAAGCAUCUUGGAAGAAGAAGGGCUCUUUUCUAGCUCAGGUUCACCCUCAUAAGUUUAUUUCUGUGGAUUUACAACAGGCAACUGGUGGCCUGGUUACAUGCAUGAGAGAGCUCAGCACCAUCCCAACUCUUGGAGAAGAAAUAUGUGCUAAUUCGGGAAAUGUAAUGUUCAUUACCACAAGAAGAUGGGUCGUUUUCUGGGAUAUUCCCACAGGAAAAUGUGAUCAGAGGGUUUGCAAGAACAGGAACUAUAGCAUGAUGUACAGGCCUUGUUGGUUUGACAACCCUGAUAAUUGUAAAGGAACUUCAAAAGCAAUGGUUCGCAGCAAAGAUGGAAAGUUUUUGGCGAUGGGUUCAGAAGAUGGCUACUUGUGUAUCUACAGCAUAGGCUCAGGGUAUCCCAUUGGAGAGAAACUACCAUCCACUAAACACUCUGCAUCAGUGAUAAAGGUUGCAUUCUCCCCGGACUGUCAGUGGGUAGCAUCUGCCUGUCAGAACAACACCAUUAAGCUCUGGGACGUCUCCUCGGGUAAGGAGGUCUUCAGUACACGGGUAGAUGCAGAAGUCCAACAGAUGAACUUCUCCGCCAAAUCCCAGUAUCUGGUAGUCCUUACUGGGACAAACUUUACACGAGUACUGAUCUACAGAUUACACACAGGGAAGGAAUAAACAAAUCAGGACCUUGCUUUGACACCUGUUGCCAGCUCUUUACUUAGUGUUUAAAAAACAAUGAAAGGAAAUCUACUUCAUCAUUGUUUCCCCAGCACAAUGAUAGCACACUCUAUUGUAAACUACUUUGGAAGUUUAAGGGACAUGGUCAGUACUUCAAGGUGAUGUAGCUCCAGAUUCCUCAAGAUUAAUCUUACUUAAAUAACAAUUAUCUGUUCUGAUUUACAACAAACAUGGCCAUCAUUUGACAACUCCAAGUUAUGUUUGAUUGUCUUUUGAAGUGGUACACAAUUUUAUAUGAGCAAUUUUUAUUUAUUUAUUUCCAUUGUGUGUUGUGAACAAUUUUGCUCACACCAUUUGCAAUUGAAUUUUGUCAACUUCGUUCUCUUUGUUUGAUUAUCUACAGAGAUUUGUUUGAAAUCCACUACAGUCUGUUCUAUUUUUAUAGAUUUAUGAUAGUUUUCACUUCAGUGUCCUCUGAUUCUUAAUACAUGUACACCAUAUAUUUCUAAGACAGAGGCACAUUAUAUACUGUGGAUUCAUUUUCUUGUUUUUCCUUUUUUUUUUUGUGAAAGGAAGACAGUCUGAAUUUUGAAACAUCUGCCUUCUUAUUUUUUUAAAUUAUUGUUUGGAACUUUUGUUUUCAAGGAUUUACAUGUGGCAUAAGGGUACAAACAUAAUCAGGAAUUUGAAAACAACUAUAAAGUAAGUAAGUAAGUAAAUGGUUUAUUACAGUGACAUGUGUUAUGUACAAUUACAACAACUGUCAACAAAUAUACAUAUAAAAGGAAUUUAAACACCCGGCCCAUCAAGCCUAUAUGUCACUUUUAACGAUAUAACAUUCAAUAAGAAUACUGUGAUAUUACGCAUUGCGUUUAUUAUAAAUAAUAGACUUAAGUAUAUGCUGAGUAUAUGUGUAUAUAUACACAAGAUUAUACAGGAAGAUUAUAUAAAUGUUGUAUUUUGUUCAGUUUAUACUGCUAAACAUUUUAUAUUGUAAUUUCAUGUCUGUUAAAUUUUCUGUAGAAUUUUUUUUCUGUUAUUUUUUCUAUGAAUUUAUAUGAUACAAACA